AUGGGGAAGAGUUCGCCAUGGAUUCAGAGAUCAGCAGGAGGGUUCUGCAGCAGCAGUCUGGCAGGUACAUCAGCUAUGGAGCUCUCCAGAGGAACACUGUUCCUUGCUCGAGGCGCGGCGCAAGUUACUACAAUUGCCGCGCCGGAGCUCAGGCCAAUCCUUACUCCCGUGGUUGCAGCGCCAUUACCAGGUGCAGAAGCUAAAAAAGUAAAGAAAAAAAUGGAACUUUCCUUCUUCUUAACUCUUGUUUGUAACUUCUUUCUCUUUUCCUAUUUUUGGGGGUUUUCUACAUUUCUUCUUUUUUUUAGAUUCGAUUGUCAUACCUGA